GUAUAGCUGCAUGGGCCCCGAAGGCUACUGGGACUUGAUGGGCCCCGACCUCAGCAACUGCACCUCCCCCUGGGUCAACCAAAUCAACCAAAAGCUGCGGGCGGGCGAGACGGCGGCCAUCAUUGCUCGUGAGCUGGCGGAGCAGACCAAGGGGCAGAUCCAGGCGGGCGACGUGUCCUACACGGUCAGGGCCAUGGGCCAGCUGGUGGAGCUGCUGGACGUCCAGCUCCGGAACCUCACCCCCGGGGGCAAGGACAGCGCUGCCCGCAGCCUCAACAAGCUGCAGAAACGAGAGAGAGCGUGCCGCUUUUUCGUACAGGCCAUGGUGGAGACGGUGAACAACCUGUUGCAGCCGGGAGCCCAGUCGGUGUGGAGGGAGCUGAGUGCCGGAGAGCAGCUGAGGGCGGCCACCAUGCUGCUGGAUACGGUGGAGCAGGGCGCCUUCGUACUGGCAGACAACCUGCUCAAGACAGACAUCGUGCAGGAGAACACGGAGAACAUACAGCUGGAGGUGGUGAGGAUGAGUACGGACGGUAACCUGCCCGAUCUGAAGUUCCCUCAGGGAGGCGGCCAGGGCAACUCCAUACACCUGUCGGCCAACACCCUCAAACAACAUGGACGCAAUGGUGAGAUCCGCAUGGCGUUUGUGCUGUAUAAGCACCUGGGCUCCUACCUGUCGACGGAGAACGCCAGCAUGAAGCUGAGCAGCGAGGCCUUGGCCACCAACUACUCGCUCAUCGUCAACUCCCCCGUCAUCACCGCCUCCAUCAGCAAGGACAGCUCCAAGGUCUACCUGUCCGACCCAGUCAUCUUCACCGUCAAACACCUGCUGCACUCGCAGGAGAACUUCAACCCCAACUGUUCGUUCUGGAGCUACUCCAAGAAGAGCAUGCUGGGCUUCUGGUCCACCCAGGACUGCAGACUGCUGGCCACCAACAGCUCCCACACCACCUGCUCCUGCACACACCUCACCAACUUCGCUGUGCUGAUGGCGCACGUAGAAGUCAAGAAGUCAAGGUAA